CUUUUGUACUACUUGUGAUGAGUGCCGAUACAAAAAAGGCACUGGGAGAAAUCUCAAGCCAUCUGUGACAUCAAGAUCAGGGUCAGUCACACACACUCAGCAGUCAUGGCGGGGUCACGGCGCCUCCUUCAAGCCCUCACCCUGGUCGUGCUGGGGGCCAUGGCGGCGGCGGGGCAGCAGGCGGAGAUCCCGGGCAUAGACCCAGGGCGGGGGCAGGAGAGCAAGCCUGGCAGACAUCCGCCACCACCACCCGCACCAACCCAACAACCGCACCGCACCGAAGCCACAGACCACUAUCGCAUGAGGGCCGGCCGAGAACUCAUCAUCGUCGGGGACUCCCACAACCCCCUCAACAUAUUUUGUUACCAGGGCGAGGCAAAGACCCUCACCACCUUCUUCAAGACCAUCGAGCUGCGUUUGGACAUCGUGGGCGACAACUUCCGUCACUACGAGGGGCAGAACGCGUCGUCGGUGAGGCAGCAGCAUCGUGAGGCCUCCUGGUUCACUUUCUACCCCUGGCGGCAGCGCGUCUUCCGCCUCGAGAUUUACAAGGAGUCCUGCGUCGGCAUAGAGACUCCCAACGGCUACAAGGUCUCCCUCAGGACCAGAUGGGUGGACUUCUGGCGCGUGGUGACCCUGGCGAGUUCCAUGGUGCUGUUCUUCGCCGCCUCCCACUUGGCGCAGAACAUCUUCUUCCACUAUACCACCGGAGUCUCCCUGGGCGUGGUGGGCUCCCUCCUCAUCCUGGUCUAUAUCCUGGCCCGCAUGGUGCCUAAGAAGUCUGGUGCCAUGACGGUGAUGGUUGGCGGCUGGGGGCUGACGGUGUACCUCCUUCAGUACCUCUGGCAGAACCUCGUCUCCAUCGUAAAGGAAUACCAGGCCGUUGCAGUGGGUUAUGUGGUGGUGGCAGGGCUGAUCAGCUUCGCCGGGGUGUAUCGUUACGGGCCGCUGACAGACAAGCGCUCGAUCAACCUGGUACAGUGGAGCAUGCAGCUGGUGGCCCUCCUCGGCGUGUUCCUGAGCAGCCAGUACCGCGAGGCAACGCUUGGCCUCGACCUGGUCAUGCUGACGUACCACAACAUUCCCGAACGGUGGAAGGCGAAGGCUCAGACGUAUUGGAGGAGGCGCUUCCCCCCCAAGGUGAGGCGUCUGACGGAGGAGGAGUACAUUCAGCAGGGGAACCAUGAGACCCGCAAAGCCCUGGAUGAGCUGCGGACCUUCUGCCACUCCCCGCAGUGUGACGCCUGGAAGACCGUCUCAAGGCUGCGCUCCCCCCAGAGAUUUGUACAGUUUGUUGGGGCUCCUCAAAAGAGGCAGAGAGCCACACCCAAGAGGGAGAGGUUUGCCGAGUUAAAUCGGUAA